AUGCCGUAUGCUAAUCAACCUUCUGUACACAUUACGGAGCUCACCGAUGACAAUGUAAAGUUUGUAGUAGAAGAUACAGAAUUAAGUGUAGCAAACAGUAUGCGUCGUGUUUUUAUCGCUGAAACACCAACCAUGGCAAUUGAUUGGGUCCAACUAGAAGCGAAUUCCACAGUUUUGAGUGAUGAAUUCCUGGCCCAUCGCAUCGGGCUUAUUCCCCUUAUAUCUGAUGAUGUUGUUGAUAAAAUUAGAUAUUCACGUGACUGUAUGUGUGCUGACUUCUGUUCAGACUGUAGUGUUGAGUUCACCUUAGAUGUAAAGUGCACCGAUGAUCAAACAAGACAUGUCACUACAGCAGAUUUAAAGUCGAGUGAUCCGCGAGUUGUACCAGUUACAUCUCGCCACAGAGAUGAAGAUCAAGCAGAUUAUGGGGAGAUGGAUGAAAUUUUAAUUAUAAAGUUGAGAAAAGGUCAAGAGUUAAAACUACGUGCAUAUGCCAAAAAGGGCUUUGGUAAAGAACAUGCUAAGUGGAAUCCAACUGCCGGUGUAUCAUUUGAAUAUGAUCCAGAUAAUGCAAUGAGACAUACUCUGUUCCCAAAACCUGAUGAGUGGCCCAAAAGUGAACAUACUGAAUUAGACGAGCACCAAUAUGAGGCAGAGUUCAAUUGGGAAGCAAAACCAAACAAGUUCUUUUAUAAUGUGGAAUCUGCUGGAGCACUAAAACCUGAAAAUAUAGUAUUAAUGGGCAUAGUUGUCCUCAAAAAUAAGCUUUUAAAUUUACAAGUACAAUUAUCUCAAGAAGCACAAAAUGAUGCCUUAGCUAUAAAUUAA